UAUCCUCUCAUGUUGAAAACAUCCACAAAACCCCAUAGAUCACAUCUCUAGUAUUGCUCCUGGAGAUCACAGCAUCGGCACAUGCAAUGGCUUCCCUGACCAACACCACCGUUCUGCAUGUCUCCCAAACCUUCAGACGACGAGGUAGCACCACCGUCCCUCGGCUAAGACCCUCCUUCCGCUGCCAAAGCCGGCUACCGACCGAGCCGCCGAUCAGUGGUGGCGGUGGCAGCGGCGGAGGAGGAGGGAAGAAGAGAGCAUGGUGGGUCGCCAUGGCAGAGAGGGCGCACGGCAGCGUCGUGAAGGCGGGCAUGGCCGUGCAGGAGAACCUGAGCCCGAAGCAGAAGGGGGACUGGAAGGACGUGGCGCUCAUGAGCCUCUCCUUCGCCGUCUAUGUCUACAUCUCCCAGAAGAUCGUGUGUACAUACUGCGCCUAUGUUUCCAUGAUCCAUCACCACUAGCUAGAUUCUUAGGUGUAUAGUCGUAGUUAAGUUCGGUAUGCAUGAUCUCGUCUCUGCGGUCGCAACUAGCUAGCUGCGGAAAAAGAAUCCACAUUCAUCUAGUAUAUAUUUAGCGCCAAUAAUGCCUCUGCUCUUAUUGUAACUUGUAAUCAUCCUUUCUGUUUCACUGGGAAUACCUGCAAUCCCAUUCUACUAGUACUA